AGUCAUUGCACUCCUUGUGUUACAUUAUAUUUAUUGGGCGGAAUUGUAACAGGAACGCGAGCGGUGUAUCCACUGCCUGCAUUCCAUUCCGAACCUUGUCCGGAGAGCGCGCGCCAGCAGCAGGCUGUGUGCUUGCGGAGAGCGGGGGGGGGGGGGGUGCGGCGGGAAGAGAGGUUUGAAUGUUUUUCGGAAAGAAGGCUGGGAAACAGCAGGCCGCACAGCGUGGAGUGACAUCUUUAUUUGUUGUGAACGGCGACGGGUGUCCACGCGUGCGCUGUUUAAGGGAAAAGGCUCGUUGGUUUUGCGUGUUUCCAGGUGUGACGGUCUGCCUUCAGCCUCAGACUUUGUAGUAGUUUGAUACAACUGAGUGGCUUGCUAGGUCAUUUCAGAGGACAUUUAAGAGUCAACCACAUUGCUGUGCGUUUGGAGUCAGGGUUGAGGUAUUCUGGGACCACAUUUCAAUACCAUGGGAGCUGAACAGAGCACUUAUGAUAAUAAACAACCAGAAUGUCAUGUCUCAGCAACAAAUUCUCCAGCGAAGCAAAGAGCUAAAAUGGAUGACAUCGUCGUUGUUGCGACAGGAACACAACAACCUGCUCGAACCACGUGGAAUGAUCCAGAUGUUAUUAAGCUGCAUGAAAUUCCUACUUUCCAACCUCUGCUCAAAGGAUUGUUAAGUGGUCAUACUACAACCAGCAGCAACAAAUUGGAGAAGCUUGACUCACAGCAAGUUCUAAAACUCUGCUUACGCUACCAGGAUCAUCUGCACCAGUGCGCAGAGGCAGUGGCUUUUGAUCAAAAUGCUCUUGUUAAGCGAAUCAAAGAGAUGGAUCUCUCCGUUGUUGCCUUAUACAGUGUUAUGCAAGAGCGACAGAAGAGAUACGCCAAGUAUGCCGAGCAAAUACAGAAAGUUAAUGAGAUGUCUGCUAUACUCCGCCGCAUACAGAUGGGCAUAGAUCAAACUAUUCCAUUAAUGGAGAAACUUAAUAGCUUAUUGCCAGAGAAUGAAAGACUUGAACCUUUCAGCAUGAGAGCUGACAAAGAUAUAAAGUACUAGUAGACUAACAGAGCCAAAUCUCUACCCUCCUCACUCCACUAGAUUUGUGUACAGUCACCACCACCCAAUCUACAGUUUGGAUGUUAAAUCAGUGAAGGGUCCAGGCAUUUCUGGAUAUAUUCAGCAUUAAUUGUAAUGUGCUCCUCUGCCUCACUUCCAAAUGUUCUGGACUGCAAAAGUAAAACUUAGCUCCAAUGUACCAGUUAUUGGCUGAUGCCACUGUGAACAUUGUCAUCCAUUAUUGGUUGGCUGGAAUGUUGUUCGUUAAAGGAGAGAGAGUACUGAAAUCACUUGGAGAGAUUUGAGGACAAAGAUCUGCACCAAUUUGCACUACCACAAAUUGCAGUAGUCAUUCCUAGAUUUUGAAUUAAUGCAUGCAGAAAGGACAAAGCAUUAAUACUUUGACUUGGAGCCUUCACCACUUACCUAAUUAAACAUGCUUAUUGGUAUCCUGCAGCAUAAUUACAUGGCUUAUACAUGCCUUGUGUAUCUGUUUGAUGCAUCUCGAGACAACUUGUUUUAUUUAGUAAUUUUUUUGUUGUUAUUUGUAAAGAUAUCAUUGUGCUUGGGUAAAGUGUAUUCAUUUGCUAUUGAAUACCUCAGGAACUUGAAUGCGUAAAUAAUUAGCAAUUGUCCACAAAGUAAUUAGCCAUAGGCUGCAAGGUAUCAAGCAGGUAGUUCAAAUAUGUGGUGACUACUAACAGAGCUUAUCAAGUUUGAUCAUUGGGCUCUGCUUUAGGAGAACAUUUAGAAUGAUUUGCUCUAAUUUGUAAUGAAUAAGGAUUAACAUAAUUUACUGGUCUGAAAAGCAGUCUAACUGUACUGAAACUUGAGUCCUGGAACUCAGUGUAAAUAAACGAACAUAGAAAUAAGGAAAGAACGUACAGUGCAUCAGUGUAGUAAUGUUAGUGGGAAAAAUGGAGGCAAGAGGGGAAAAAAGUAUUUUGCCUUUUCAGUACCUUUUUAAAAAUGUCAUUUUUACAGAAGUAAAUUCAAUCUCAAGAUGUUAUUUAAAUGCCUAAAACUAAUAUUUAUCAUAGUUUAGUAUGGAGCUUUCACGAAUGCUUGAAUAUAGUUGUAAAUGCAGUUAUUUUUAUAAUAAGUAAAGAUGUAUGGAAGCUGUACAGAAUAGUAAACAAUAUUUGGUUAUAUUGCAUGUAGCUAAGCAUUUACACUUGAACUUAAUAUCUAAAUCAACUCUACUAGUUUCUCUAGUUCUAUGAUCAGCAACAAAGAACACAAAUUGGACAAUUUGUUCUCCUGUUGGAGACAGAUAGAAAUAUCAUAUUCAAAAAUAAUUUCUUUCACAGGUUAAGAUUUUUCAGCUCAGAACUGUGAAAAUAAACAAUUAUGGGGAUACAAACCUUCAAUGCUGGCAUUAGGUUGCAUUAUUGCUACACAAGUCUAAAGAGCUAAUCUAGAAAUUAAAAUUCAAAAAACAAAUGGGAAAAAAGCAAUUACUGUAUAAAGUGCAAAAAAAAAGUUCCUAAUGAGCAUUACAGUAGUUCCAGGAAUACCUUGCAUUUCAGUGUUGAAACUUUAAAAUAAAUUUACUGGUACCUUGUUGGAUUUCA